AUGGUUGCUAUGUCUCAAAAAGAAGGCCUCAUCGCGAGGUCGAGUUCGCCGCCGCCGGCGGCUCUUGAAAGGGUUCCGUCUGAAGACCCCGUGUAUGGUGACGAUGACCAAGACGACGCCCAAGCCGUAAUGCAGCCUGCGUUGAGCGUUGCUGCGACCCGUCUUACUCUACCGCAAACAUCCGCUGCCGAGAGGGCUGCUGCUUUGGAAAGAAAAAGAUCGGCUGGUAACAUAUUUGAACCUGGUCCUUCGAGCAGUGAUGAUGCCGCCAGCUCGCCCGAGUUGACGCCCUUCCCCGACGAGAUCCCUACCGAUUUUGAGACGGAGCCGGAACUGCGCAUAUCCCAAGCACCACCCCGCAGACGACAAUCGCAAAAGCUCCAGAAUGCAAGGCCUGCCCCGAAGGAUCUGCCCUCGCCCUGGCAGUCCAGUCCAAGAAACACCUUCUUCGUCGGCGGGGAUGGCGAGGCGCCCAAGAACGCUCUCGAGUCCAUAUCAUUUGGCCAGACAAGGCACAAACGCUCCUCUUCCACGGGAGCCGACGCGCUCAAGAGGUUUUCAAAUGCCUUCUCCUCAUUCCCGGCACCCUCCUCAAUCUUCAAUUCAUUCUCCUUCUUCACCGCGGCCGCGGAGAGGGCCGAGCCCAAGUCGGCAGUCGACCAGCGGAAGCCAGCGCAGGCCCAGGGCGGAAGGCCGUAUAGCAACACGGCUCCCAUGUCCAGCGGUGCCAACGGACUUCCUCGAUCGCAGACCAUGUCCAAAGAUGCGCCGGGGAACCGCCCUUCUGUGUCGUCAGGGAGGCCUUCCACCACAAGGCCUCGCGUACUAAGGAAAGUCACUUCGGAUGAUUCGCUCUUGUAUCAUUCUCUGUCCCGCACAUCGUCAAUCGGGGAUGACGAUGGCAGGUUUGACCACGUCAGGGAAAUGGCGAAUGUGAGAAUGAAGGCGAUCAAAGACAGUUUGCCCGAGAGACCCACGUUCAAAAUGCCCAGCCUGCCCAAGCUGGGGUCGUCUCUGAAGCUAAACGAGGACGGAAUGAGUAAGGCCGUACCUGAGGCCCCGGCACCAAAGGUUGACAACGACGGAUCCUCGACCCUGGAUCGGGUUCUGGAGACCUUGACUGGGGACAUAGUCAUUCUCGGCGGAUAUCGAGGCUCGAUUCUGCGAUCGGCGGAACCUCCGCAUCACCAGCUGUGGGCUCCUGUCAAGAUUGGGCUGAACAUGAGGAAAGUCGAUCUGGAGGUGGGCCUCGACCCCGAGGAUGAGGAAACGAUGGAGAAGCGCAUCAUCCCGUCAGGCAUGCUGCAAAACAUUGGUCCAAUUGACAUCUCCAAGAAGCUGUUCAAGAAGAUUGGCGCCUGCGAGAACGUUCGGAAAGGAAAGCUGCGUUUGUGGGACUACGGCUACGACUGGAGACUGAGCCCUCAUCUGCUGUCUCGAAAGAUGAUCGAGUUCCUGGAAAAGCUCCCGUCGAACCAACCGGGCUCCAAAGAGCCCAGGGGAGCGUUGGUCCUGGCGCACAGUCUCGGAGGCCUCAUCACCCGUCAUGUUGUCAACCAGAGGCCUGACCUCUUCUCCGGCGUGGUCUACGUUGGCACCCCUCAACGGUGUAUCAACGUUCUAGGACCCCUGAGAGACGGCGAUGCGGUACUCCUGAACGAGAAGAUCCUCACUGCUCAGGUCAACUUCUCGCUCAGGACCACGUUCGUCUUCCUGCCCGAUGACGGUUUAUGCUUCGUCGACAAGGAGACGAAGGAGGAGUACAAGGUUAAUUUCCACGACGUCAACGACUGGAUCAAAUACCGCCUUUCGCCCUGCAUCGAACCCCCAUUGCCGUCGCUGACUCCCAAGGAAAAGUCAACAACCUUUGGUUCUCUUCUGUCGGUCCGCAGCCGCAGCUCAAGCGAGAAGAAACAAAACCAUACACUGUCGCCAUCACUCGCUGACGCGGCGCGCAGGGCAGAGCUGGCCCGUGAAGGGAACAUGAACCCGCAGAUCGAUGGUAACACUCCCAGCCAGGCCCCGAUGACGAGGCCGUCACCAUUUACCAAGGGGCCUCCCGGGACGCCGACGCCUGCCAACCGCGCCAGGAACCUCGCCUAUCUCCAGCGCGUGCUGGCCGAAGUAAAGCAGUUCCGCGCCGAGACGCAAUUUAACCCAGAACUCUCGCGAGCCAACGCCUACCCUCCCCUUGGCGUCAUCUACGGCAAGGAGAUCCCCACUGUGUACGCCGUCAAGGUUGCAAGCCGCGAGGCCAUCGCCCACGCCGGUGCCUACGACGACCUCAUCUUCCGCGCCGGCGACGGCGUCGUUCUCGCGCGCGAGGCACAGCUUCCCGAGGGGUACGAGCUGGUGCGCGGCGGGCGUGUCAGCACUGAGCGCGGGCACCUGACCAUGCUCGGCGACAUGCCCGCCGUUGGCAAGGCGUUGGAGGCCGUCGUUCGGGGCCGGCGGAAGGGUAUCGGUCUGGGAAACGCGACCAAGGAAAAGCUCCAGAGGAGCAGCGUCGUUGAAAGCUAG